GCUUUCGGGGAUAAGAACGUCUUCUCUGCUCGGGGACGCCCAACAUUAUCCCGCAGCGCUCCCGUUGGCACUUCGGAGACGGCAUUCGUACCUACCACCAUCGGUGCUCCUCUUCGACCGGAAUCGGUUGCAGAUCAAGGCAUCGGCCGAUGGCAACGACUAUGGCCCUGCGGUCGUUCGGAAGAAGGACUUCGAUAGCGGCGAGGGGUUUCUCCAGUUCGUGUGAGACGGAGAAGGCCGCGAAGGACGGGAAGCCCAUCAAUCUCUUCUCGGCGAUUAACCAGGCCCUCCACAUCGCGCUAGACACUGAUCCACGUGCAUAUGUCUUUGGAGAAGAUGUCAGAUUUGGCGGGGUCUUUCGCUGUACAACAGGACUGGCUGAUAGAUUUGGUAGAAGUAGAGUUUUCAAUACUCCCUUGUGUGAACAGGGUAUUGUUGGAUUUGCAAUAGGCCUUGCAGCAAUGGGGAAUCGAGCUAUCGCAGAGAUCCAGUUUGCAGAUUACAUUUAUCCUGCUUUUGACCAGAUUGUCAAUGAGGCAGCAAAAUUUAGAUAUCGAAGCGGGAAUGAGUUCAAUUGUGGAGGGUUAACAAUAAGAACUCCAUAUGGAGCUGUUGGACAUGGUGGUCAUUAUCAUUCACAGUCACCAGAGUCUUUCUUUUGUCAUGUGCCUGGUCUAAAGGUGGUGAUUCCUCGAAGCCCACAGCAAGCGAAGGGAUUGUUGUUAUCCUGCAUACGCGAUCCAAAUCCAAGUAUAUUUUUUGAACCAAAAUGGUUGUACAGGUUGGCUGUUGAAGAGGUUCCUGAACAUGACUACAUGUUGCCUUUAUCGGAGGCUGAGGUGAUUCGUCAAGGGAGUGACAUCACACUUGUUGGAUGGGGAGCUCAGCUUUCUGUAUUAGAACAAGCAUGUGUUGAAGCUGCAAAGGAGGGAAUUUCUUGCGAGCUGAUCGAUCUGAGAACAUUAAUUCCCUGGGACAAGGAAACUGUAGAAGCCUCUGUUAGAAAGACUGGGAAGCUUCUUAUUAGUCAUGAAGCUCCAGUGACUGGAGGAUUUGGUGCAGAGAUAUCUGCUUCCAUUGCUGAGAGCUGCUUCUUGAGGUUGGAAGCUCCUGUAGCAAGAAUUUGUGGCCUUGAUACACCUUUCCCCCUUGUUUAUGAACAAUUUUACAUGCCUACAAAGAACAAGAUCCUGGAUGCAAUCAAGGCAACAAUAAAUUACUAAACCAUGAAGCAGAUGGAACCAUUUCAUUAAAGCAAUAAUAUGAUUGUGGAUCCUGUGGAGGUGAUCCUGAUAUGAUCCACAAACUGUGUAUGUAUUGUAUGAUUUGUUCUUUAUAGGGAAGAUUUUUAUUGGCA